AUGCAGCGCAGCAUUCAAAAGAAGCUGCACCAGCUAAUAAACUCUGCAGAGGAGGGCAUGCUACGGCAGUUAGCAGCCAGCAUCAAGGAGGAGGUGGAAGAGGAACCAGGAGACGAUGCAUCCGCAGUCGAGCUCUAUGACUUCAUCAUGGAAUUUGUGAGAAGCGACAAAUUGAUGAGUCUGGAGGACGAGGGCAUGUCCAGUCUGUUAAUUCUCAACGACCUCAUACUAGAGCUGCAGCAACAACCGAAAGCCAACGAAGCAGAGCCAAUACAGUCAGCAGAGGAGACAGCUGAACCUCAAAUGUUGCUGCUUUACUUCCCCGACGAGAAUUUAAAGUUCACAGUGGACAAAUAUCUGACAUAG